AUGGUGCAAGUCGAAGCCAAAGUCGAGACGGAGGAGGUGCAGACCAAGAACAAGAUCCCAGCUGCCUCUCUCUGCAAGCUUUUCUCUAUGAUGGACUUCGUCGAAGUCGUCGUGCUGCUCGUCGGAUGCUUGGGGGCCAUUGGGAACGGCCUGUCCCAGCCUUUGCUGUGCAUCGUCUUCGGGGACCUGAUCGAUGGCAUGGGCGAGGCGACGGGAGGUGCAGAGUCCUUCACGCCCGAGCAGAUGUUGGGUGCUAUGGAUGGCAUGAUGAGCCAGAUGGAGGAGCUGUGCAUCACCAUGAUGCUCGUGGGCGUCGGCGCGACAUUUGCAGCCUUCUUGCAGGGAGCCUGCUUCAAGAUCUUCGCCGAGAAGCAGGCCUUCAAGUACCGAGUGCUCUACUUCGACACGGUGCUGCACCAGGACGUAAGUUGGUUCGACACCAAGGAGGUCGCGGCCCUGCCUGCCGAGAUCAACGACGACUUGGAGAAGAUCCAGGAUGCUUUCGGAGACAAAUUCGGAAACGGGAUGAUGGCCAUUUCCGCCUUCCUUGGCGGCUUCGGCUGUGCCUUCGGAAUGGGCUGGCUCAUCGCAUUGGUGAUGUGCUCCAUUCUGCCCUUCAUGGGCGUCGGCGCCGCCUUCAUGGGAAAAGCCGUCCAGGAGAUCCAGAACGAGUCCCAGAGCUGGUACGCCAAGGCUUCGGCCGUGGUGGAGGAGAAUGCCAUGCGCACCGUCGUGGCCUUCGGCGGCGAGCACCGCGAACUGAAGAAGUUCUCUGCUGCCCUGGUGGAGACGCGCCGUGGCGGGGUGAAGAAUGGCUUCAAGGUCGGCGCGGGCAUGGGUUACACCAUGAUGAUCAUCUUCUUGGGAUACGGCUUGGCCUUCUGGUUCGGCAUGACCCUCCGGUACAACGAAGAGUUGAACCCAGCCACCGGAAAGCUUUGGGAGCCCGGCACGAUCAUGGCCAUCUUCUUCUGCAUUUUCAUUGGAAGCUUCAUGAUUGGCAACUUGGAUCCAAGCCUCAAGGCCAUGAAGGCAGCGCAGACGGCAGCCGGUCGCUUCUUCCGCGCCCUGGAGAACAAGCCCGACAUCCAAUGCCGUGUGGAGGACAAGCGCCAGGACAUCAGCAACAUCGAGAAGUUCGAUUUCGAGAAUGUGCACUUCACCUAUCCAGCACGCCCCGAUGUGAAGGUCCUGAACGGCCUUUCCCUUAGCAUCCAGCGCGGGCAGAAGGUCGCAGUGGUCGGUGAGUCCGGCUCGGGGAAGUCCACGGUGAUGGCUUUGUUGGAGCGUUUCUACGACCCGGACUCCGGGGCUGUACUGGUGAACGGCCAGAACAUGACAAGCUUCAAGAUCUCGGCCUUACGCCGCUGCAUCGGCUAUGUGGGCCAGGAGCCUGUUCUCUUUGCCAGCUCCAUCCGACACAACAUCAUGCAAGGCAACCCUUCCGCCAGCAAGGAGGACUUCGUGAAGGCCUGCAAUGACGCUCAGCUGGGCUUUGUCGACAACCUGCCUGAGAAAUACAACACUUUUGUUGGUAGCGGGGGAGGCCAGCUGUCCGGAGGUCAGAAGCAACGCAUCGCGAUUGCCAGGGAUGAAGAGAAGGAUGCGGCCGCCAUCAGCAAUGACCACACUGCGCAGAACGUCGUGAGGCGCUCCUCCACGAAUUCCGGCGAGUCGGAGACCCAGCGUGUGAAGCGAGAGAAGGAUGCAGAAGCGAAUCGCGAGAAAGAGAUCUCGAAGAAUUACAAGGUUCCCAUGAGACGACUGCUGAGCUACAACAGACCGGAGUGGCCUUUUUUCAUUCCUGCCAUCCUUGGUGCCAUGGUGGAUGGCUCCGCGAUGCCGGUGUGCACGAUUGCGUUGGUCGGCUCGAUGAGUGGCUUCUUCAAGCCAGACAAGGAGGAGAUGAGGGCCGACUUGGAGCUAAUGGCCUUGACUUUCGUGAUCAUCGGCGUCAGUGCCUUUAUCGGCUCCACAGUCUCCCACGGCUGCUUCUCCAUCCUUGGCGAGGCCAUGACACAACGCCUUCGCGUGGCGAUCCUCACGGGCAUGUUCCGUCAGGAGGUGGGCUUCCAUGAUGAUCCGGCCAACACCCCCGGCAUGCUGUCUAAAGCUUUGGAGCUGUGGGCCUUCCGGGUGACGACCUUGUGCAAGUCCGUGCAGGCCAAGGCCGCGGCCAUGAGCUCCUUGCUGGUAGGCCUGGUGAUUGCUUUCGUCUACUGCUGGGAGAUGUCCCUGGUGAUGCUGGGCUCCAUCCCGAUCAUGAUCGCAGCGCAGGCCAUUCAGAUGCUCGUGCUGCUCGGUGCCUCGAAGAACGAGAACGAGAACAUCACCAAUGCCAACCAGAUUGUGGUGGACUCGGUGAUGAACGCUCGCACGGUGCAGGCACUGGGUGUGGAGAAGGGCCUCGUAGGCAUGUACGUGAGCUGGGUCGAGAAGUCCUUGGUCGGCAUGUGGAGGCGCAACAUCCUCGCCGGAUUGGGGUUCGGCAUCUCCAAUGGCAUCAUGUUCUUCAUCAUGGCAGGUGGCUUCUACAUCGCUUCGAUCCUGAUCAAAGAAGGCGUCGCAGACUUCGAGGGCGUGAUGAUGGCUUUCAUGGGUAUCUUCUACGCAGGCAUGGGAGCUGGCCAGGCUGCCGUGAUGGUCGGCGACGCCACGAAGGCGAAGGUUGCCUGCCACGACAUGUUCCAGCUUAUGGAUCGCGUCUCAGCGAUUGAUGGCUUGGAACCAACUGGCGACACCCCCAAGCAGCUAGAGGCCGGGCAGAUUGAGUUCCGAGACGUGAAGUUCUUCUACCCUUUCCGCCCAGAGAUCCAGGUCCUCAAGGGCAUCACCUUCAGCAUCUCCCAGGGACAGUCUGUGGGCCUGGUGGGUCCAUCUGGCGGUGGCAAGAGCACCGUGAUGUCCUUGAUCCAACGCUUCUAUGAUCCUCAGGAAGGCCAGGUCUUCAUCGGCGCGGACCGCGUGGCGCUGAACUCCGUGAACAUCCGGUGGUGGCGCCGUCAGAUUGGCUUUGUCGGGCAGGAGCCCAUCCUCUUCAACACCACCGUGCGUGCCAACAUCAUGUACGGCCUGGAUGAUGGGGAGACGGUGAGCGACGAGUAUGUGAGCCAGUGUGAGAAGAUGUCGAACCUGGCAUUCUUGUACAAGAACGGCAACAAGGGCUUGGAGACAGAGGUCGGGCCCCGGGGGAGCCGCCUCUCUGGUGGCCAGAAGCAGCGUGUGGCGAUCUGCAGGGCUCUCAUCCGGAAUCCGCCGGUGAUGCUGCUCGACGAGGCCACCAGUGCCCUUGACACCCAGAGCGAGGCGAUCGUCCAGAAGGCAUUGGAGGCAGCGCGCGAGGGCCGCACCUCCUUCGCGAUCGCUCACCGCUUGUCCACCAUCCAAGGCUGCGACGUGAUCCUA